GAGAGAAGCGCCGAUGCCACAGUCCUGCGCCUACUGGUCAAGCUCAGCGGGGCUUCCUUUGGAGUGGCUGCCCUGUAGAGGCAAACACGCAGGAGCCCUUCUUAGGCGGGAAGAGGGAUCGGGGCUCUUUCUGCCCCCUGCGGUGGUUUGGGGGGAUCCAGUGCCCCCUCCGUCUCGGGAGGGACCCCUUUCAAGGUGGAGGGGAGGAGAGAGGGCCCCUCUUCCAGGUUUUUUUAGUUUGUUUCCGUGAGUGACAUGAACCGUGUGUUCAUCUUUUUGAAAAGAUUCGCCUGUUGCAGUGCCAAAAGAGUUUUUGUGUGCCUUAAAAGAUGAACGAAUAAACUGCGGUGUAAGAUUUUGUGGUCUACAGCGCUGUUCACUGGGAUGGUGAAGUGGGACGGUCAUAGCUCGGGUAGAGCAUCUACCUUGCAUGGGAACAGGUCCCUGGUUCAACCCCUGGUAUCCUCAGGUGGAGCUGGGAGAGACUGACUCCCCUGAAACCAACUGCCAGCCAAGUUUAGAGGCGCUGAGCUAGGUGGCUCAAUGGUCUGACUUGUCAUGAGGCAGUUUUCUGGGUUCCUAUGAACUUACAACAGGUUGUGCUGUAAUUAAUUGCUCACUCUGCAAUCCUAAGCAUGCCUACUCAGAAGUCCUGUUGAAUUCAAUGGACCUUUCUCCCAGGCUCUCCUUUCUCUUCGUCUUUAAAAAGUUUGCUUGAAAAGGGUGGACCAUGUCUUGGAUAAAAGAAGGAGAUUUGUCCAUCUUGGAGAGAUUCUGUGCCAGUGUGAUAAAGGCAGGCCCAAUGCCCAAGCACAUCGCCUUCAUCAUGGAUGGCAACCGCCGUUAUGCUCAAAAACACAAAGUGAAAAAAAUAGAAGGACAUUCACAGGGAUUUGCCAAACUAGCACAGACACUGCAGUGGUGCUUGAGUCUGGGUAUCCGGGAAGUCACAGUCUACGCCUUUAGUAUUGAGAACUUCAAGCGAUCCCAGGAAGAAGUAGAAGGCUUGAUGGAGCUGGCAAGGCAAAAAUUUACCCGACUUCUAGAAGAACAGGAGAACUUGGAGAGACACGGUGUGUGCGUUCGUAUCCUCGGGGACCUGCACCUCCUGCCGAAAGAUAUCCAGGAACUGAUUGCCAAAGUUGUGCUGGCAACGAAGCACUACAACUCGUGUUUUUUGAACAUUGGUUUUGCAUACACAUCAAGACAAGAGAUUAGCAACGCAGUGAAAGAGCUGGCUUGGGGAGUCGAAGAAGGACUGCUUCAACCCAGUGAUGUAUCUGAGUCGCUGAUCGACAAGUGCCUGUAUACCUGUAAAUCUCCUCAUCCAGACAUCCUAAUAAGGACUUCCGGAGAAGUCAGACUUAGCGAUUUCAUGCUCUGGCAGACGUCUCAUACAUGCUUGGUUUUCCAGUCUGUGUUGUGGCCAGAUUACUCCUUCUGGAACUUGUGGGAGGCUGUCCUUCAGUUCCAAAUGAACUACAAUGCUUUGCAGAAAGCCAGGGAUUUGUACAUGGAAGAAAGGAAGUGGCAGCAGAUGGAAAAUGACAAGAUCUGCGUGCUGGAGAAACUGAAAGAAGAAGGUUCUGCAUCCUGUACAGAUGCGCAGAGACGGCGGACGCUCCUCCAGGAAUGCAGAGCUAAACGGGAAGAGAGAAUCCAGAGUUUUUUGCAAGCCCUGGAGAAUAAGCAAAUGGACCUCCUAGAAAAACUGAGUAUGGCAUCAGCAUGACAAAAAGGAACUUGUAGGGCCAGGAGUCGGGUGCAGGAGAGGAAGGACAUUAAUCAAGUUACAAACAGUCCAGCUGCUGCCAGUGGUCUUCACUUGUUAAUGGGAAUGUAAAGUUUUGUUUCCCUGUGUGUUCUCAGUAGACAUAUACAAGACUUUACCACCUCUGUCUUUCUGCUUGUUAUUCAAGCUUUGGUUGUGUCUGAAAUAAGUUUAUGCUUCCUAAAUUCCAUGUGGGUUUAUAAACGUAACCAAACAAAGAGGUAUUUGGUGUGGAAUUGGUUAAAUAAAGGACAACCUUGAGUAGAUGUUCUUGGGAAGGCCUGUCCUUGUUUCACUCCCUCUUUCCAAACUGCAGUGCCUCAGCUAAACAAGUUUCCUUAAGCGUCUUCGAAUUCUGAAAAGUUGCUUGCAGUGCAGGGAGAGGUGCAGUUGGGAAAAGUGGACAAGGACCCUGUUUGCAUGCACACAGACAAAUGGGUGUCUAGUUCUAGAUGGGCUUUUUUGAUGCCUAAUUAGAAGACUGGCUGUCCCGUUAAAUAAAAAUAAAAAUUCUCAUCUCAACUUUCUGUGUGUGGCCAGAAACAAUAGAAUCACCCUAAUUUGGUGAACCUGUGUACUUGUGAGGCUCUACAAGGAAACAUACAUUGCCUGCCCCAAAACUAUUUUGGCAUUAAGUGGUACAUAAAUUGGGAGAAUGUUCUUUCUGCUUGGCUCUGUAUGUGCUACAGAGCUUUGGACACUCCAGCUUGCUGGAGGUGUAUCUAAUACAGCAGGGUCCCCAAACUAAGGCCUGGUGUUUUUACAUGAGUAGAAUGUGUCCUUUUAUUUAAAAUGCAUCUCUGGGUUAUUUGUGGGGCAUAGGAAUUCGUUCAUUUUUUUUUUCUUCAAAAUAUAGUCCAGUCCCCCACAAGGUCUGAGGGACAGUGGACUGCUGAAAAAUUUUGCUGACCCCUGUAAUACAGCAUACUUUGCGCGCACUCUCUCUGGGUUUUUUUUUUAAGUGUUUUACUUUCAGAUGGCACCAGAAAAUGUCAUUUUUAAAAAAUAAAAAAACUUGCAGAUUCAGCAUGCUGGAUACAGCUGUAAAGAGGCUGAUUAUGUCAUCAAGCCAUGAAUAAAGCAUUUUUUUGGGGGGGGGGAGACAGCUUAUUUUAAAAAUAAGCUGAAAAUUAUUAAAAGUUCCUAUUCUAAAGCUUUGUGAAUCCAAAGAAGAAAUGUGCAGUUUAAUUAUCUUUUUAAAAAAUGGUGAGGAUGAGCCAAUUUUCAGAAAACUGAUAUUGUAAAUCAUCAAACCACUUAAGAAUUGUGUCCUAUUUCAAUGCAAGUAGCUAAGGAUAUAUACAGAAAUACAAUAAAUAUUGGAACUUUGUUCUCAUGCGGUGGCUUUACCUACUGUUGGAAGCUGAAUCUUUAUAGCUUUAUAGCUUUUAUGAUGCCCGAAACAGCCGUUUUAAGAAAGGCCUUGAAUUCUAAAGGGAAUGUGUCUCCUGUUUCUUGAACAGGGCAUGCACAUAAUCUCCCAGCCAUGUGUUAUCUUUUCAGAGGUGGGAAAGAAUAUUUAUUAGUAAAUGUUUCUUCUGCAUUAAAAACUUACAAUCAAUAAGUUGAAAAACGUGAAUGGUUUGUUCUGUGGGAAACAAGAGGUCCAACAUCCUUAAUGAAGGUGUUUCUUUGUCUACAUGGUUUAGAAGUAGAUGUAGGCACACCAGUCCAAACCGCCUCAGGGGUGGGCAACCUCCAGUGCAUGGGUCAGUUUUGGUGCUUCAGGGAAUCCAAUUUGGUUUGUGAUGCCAUUUCCCCCAAAAAUCACAACCACGUGUCCAUCAGCUGAUGGGCUUUUUUUAAAUCCUGCUGGGUGUUACUUCACCAGUGCAUUCCCUAUGGGGAACAUG